GUUUCUGAUAAUAUCGUUCAGUUCUCGAAGCGAGUUCUUAGCUUAAGGGUCGACCUAACGUAUCUCGGUCUUCAAAAUGAUUUUAAAAAUCCAAAGCGAGACUGCGCGAAAAACAAUUGCGGUGCUCUCGGUGAUCGUGUCAAUAACUUUUAUUGUUUUUACGACCACUGUGUUUGUGCUCAAUGGCGACGAUUUUAUAGAUCAAAGAGUAUUUAAUCAUAUCUGCUUGUUGCAGAUUAUUGCCAGUGGUUUACUCUUCAUCGGCACUAUACAGGCUAAUCAGUGGUUUUUCUUGCCUUGGAUGCUAGUUGCAUUUGCCUUCGCCUAUACUUUGGUCUACAAGAGCUUGUAUAUUUGGUCCUUUUUGCUAAACGAUGUGAAAUACGUUUUGAUUAUCAACUUUAUGCUCUACACCCUGGCAGGUUUUUGGUUUUAUUUUAUUCAUGCCGUCUAUGUUGAUUUUAUGGAUAUGAAAACGGAAGAUAAAAAAAAUUAUUAUAUUAUUCCCCUUAAAAUUUCACCUUGGGGGCCUAAGCAGAGUGCUAUAAAAAUUAUAGUUGUGUAGCAAAACUCUGCAAUUGAGUUUUGAUUAAAUAAAAAUAUGUACAUUGAUUCAAGUGACAAAUUUAAAAAUACUUAAAAAUUAAAAAAAAAAUCUUCGAUUAUAGCUCGAUUCGGCAAUUUGUCAAAUACAACGGUAAGAGCUAUGUGAACUAAUUGAGUCACAAUGUACGCUCCCCUGAUAUAAAUCACAAAUAAGUCACCAUGUUAUCUCUGCUUAUCAAUUUAUAUUCAGUGAAAAUAAAUAAAUGUGGAACAUCUGCUGCAAUUAA